AUGACGCGAUUGGGACUAAAAUUGACAUGCAUGGAGGCGUUAGAAACAAGUAUAAACUACUGGGAGGACGCGCUGGCUGCUUUUUCUUUAGGGGCGCGAGGCGGAGUAUCGGGCACGUUGGCUCUUACAUCGCCGGAAGAGGCUGAGUUCUGCAGGGAAAUACAGGAUCUGCUGCAAGACGCCUAUCUUUUACAGGAGCGGUGCGAGCUAUUGUUCCUGGACCAACGAUCAGUGUUGUUCAGGUCGGAGAGUGGCGGCGGCGCAGGCGCUGCCGAAGAAGUCACGCCGGCACGACGCUCGCGACUACUCUCCACACACACAGCCUCCUCUCACACGCGUAGAGAACAUCACUCUAGCGCCGAAUCUUUCGCCUCAGCGGAAGACCAGGUCGCCGACCUAAGGGAGUUUGAUGAUUUAACAGAAGCCUUACCAGAAUUAGAAAAUUUGGAAUUAUAUCAAGCGGCUGUAAAACAGUUAGAAGUCGGCAUUCCUUAUAGGACGCUACGCACAGAAGUUGUACAGUGCAGUACAGAUUCCGAGUUCCUGUGUAAGCUGCAUUGCCUGCGCCAGGCCUUCACGCAGGUGUUCAAGGACGCCGCAAUUUGGGCCUGGUUCGUGGACGCCGGACGACAAGUGCUCACUGAUCUACUUCUCUUCGCUGAUAAGGAACCAAAGGAAUUCCUGGUGGCUUAUGAAGAAAUGGUGUCUUGGGCGACCGAUGCGGCCAAUUGGACAACAAUAGAAACGGAACUUACGACUAAAGGUGUUAAGGCCUUAACAUUCUACGACGUGGUGUUAGACUAUAUACUAUUAGACGCAUUUGAAGAUCUCGCGUCGCCGCCUUCCUCAGUUCUCGCUGUGGUUCGCAAUCGAUGGUUGUCAGACGGAUUCAAAGAAAGUGCAUUGACCACGGCGGUGUGGUCUGUUAUUAAGGCGAAGCGGCGCUACCUACAGUUCCCGGACGGUUUCAUGGCACAUUUUUAUUCUAUAUCAGAGCAUUUACUGCCAGUUCUAGUAUGGGGUUUCUUGGGCCCCAACGAACGUCUUCGAGACGUGUGCGAGUCCUUUCAGUCAGAAAUUUGUGAGGUGCGGGCGAGCGAACCGGCGCGGGGUUUACUCGGGCUCAGGCGAGUCGGGCGCGUCUACCGCCGCCACCGUCGUGCCGCCCGCCGCGCGAACCUUCUUCAAGUAGCUGGCGCUGUCGAAGUCCAGGCAACUCUGUCGGACACAUCGGACUUGUACAUUUAUGCUCCGCUGGCCUGGGGCAGCUUCUCGUCGCCCACGGUGUUAGUUGACAUGGUGCGAGUGUGUGUUAGUCACUGUGGCCGACCUACCCGGCUAUGUGAGUUAUUUACAAAAAAUCCCCAUCACCGCAGAAAGAUUCAGCUGGAUUAG